UUUGUCAGCAAGUUUGAACAUGUUCUGACUUGUUUCGCAGAACGAAAGUUAAUGAAUUUUGUUUAAAAAGAAUAAUAAGAAAAUUGAAAAGUGUGUUGGAGUCAAGAAAAACUGAAAGACAUCUGAAAAAUGUAUAUGUGAACCUCGAAAAUAAUGACAUUAGGGGGAAUUUUGAUAUUUGCUAUUGAAAAGUUACAAGGAAAGGAAUAUUCGAUUGACAAUAACUAAAAAAAUGGAGAUUCCAUUAUUCAUUAUUUUGGCGUUGACUUGCGUCGAGGCUUCGUCAAUUCUAAAUUGGAUGUGGGGUAAAUCCCCUGAGGAACCUGACGUUCUAGUCACCAAUGGCGUGCCACUGAUAGCCAUUCCAUAUGAAUCAAUGACAGAUGAUGAGAAGUUUCUUCAGGAAGCAGCAAAAUUUACCGACAUUCAGGUGUCAUCACCUCUCCAACUUUGUCAGCACAAAAUCAUCAUGAAAAUACAAAGUUCUUGCAGUCAGCUGAGUGAAGAAGAGCUCGCAAAACUUGGUGUCAACUUGUUGAAUUGUCAGUCGGCUGUAGAGGGGAGGAAAAUAUUUCCCUGCACUGAACAAAUGUCUCUUAAACAAUGUACAACUGAGAUGGAUGCAGAUAUGUGGAAUGCUUAUCACUUGAUGAGCAACAGAGCACGAGCUGUUUGCUAUGCAGUUCGGAAUAUUCAGUUCAGAGCACUCACGGAAUUGACAGUUAAUAAACUUAUGCAUAGUGCUCGUUCGCAAAUUGAAGCACUGGGCUCCUUACAGGAAAGUCACGAGCGACUGGAAAUGCGUACUAUUGAUGCAUUGUCAUCAUUGUCAAAGGGCAAUGAGGUCCUUAUGGAACAGCAAAAGCACCUGGAGGAUUCCCAGUCACAAUCUCACAGAUUAGUGGUAAAUAACCUUCGACAAUUGACAAACGAAAAGUAUUUGAUUCGUAGUGGACACACUCUCCUGGCCUCCAUGACGGAAGACAUUCGAAAGCGUCUGGAAAAAACCAAUGAAGAUCUUGAGGCUCAAGCGUCAGACCGUCAAAAGAAUCAUCAGGAAAUCCUGAAGGACUUGAUGGAUAUUCAGGAAAAGUCGGAAUUAAUUUGGAAAAAAAUUGAAGAGAGUACGAAACGAAUAGUAGAAAAAAAUGCUGAUGCUGUAGCACAGUACGAACAGACGUUUGAAAAAUUGGAGAAAAUAAACAAUACUAUCCAUUUCAUAUCGAAUAUAACAGAAUCAAUGCGCCAAGAAAUUGAUGGGAAAUUGGGAUGGAUUACUGAACAUAUUGGCAAUACAGGUGAACACUUGCAAAGGAUGUACCGUAUCUCAUUGCACGUGAUUUAUUUGGUAGGAGCAAUGAUAGUCGCUGCCUUUCUCAAUGCUCCAUUUUUGACUAGGGCUACAAUCAUGGGAUUCAUUCCACUGAAUUUAAUUACUUAUUUAAAACACGGAAUGAACGCUUGUCUUGACUUCACAUCGAUUACUAUUUUAAUUUUCUUCAUUACAGCGAUGCACUAUGUUAUGCUUGGAAUUCAGCAGCUAUUUGUGAGUGAUACUAAAGGCAUACAGGCCACUGCCGAUAUUAACUCGAAAAAGCACUCGUCAACCACCAGCUACAACCCACAACGUACAUCAACACCUGUGCCUGGAGUAAUUUCAAAGAUAAAUUAUACAGUUCGAUUGAUGAAAAAUAUCAAUGGAGUCUAUGAUAUUCUUAUACAGUCGUUCGUGCAUUUGAAAGAAAAAAUCGGCCUUAUCCUUCAGUCUGCAUCCUCCUGGUGUUGUACCAAUACAUCGCCAGUUGAAGAACUUUCAUGCUCAUACCUGCCCGCUCAACUUCCCCGAGAGGAUCUAGCAAUGGGCUACAACAGGGGACAACAUUCGAGUAUUUUAUCUGACGAUAUGAAUGAUUAUUCGCAUUCAUAUGCCAAUGAUACCGGUCACACGGAUGAGUUACAGGAUGCGAAUCAAUUGAGAUACCGUAUGCUCUACAAAUCACCGCGUAAUUACAGUGCUAGUCCAUCCAGAAGUGUUACGCCUAAUUCUGCGGCUUCCUCACGGACGCUGUGCUGUGCUUUGACAAAGACGGGUGCCAAGUGUCGUUCUCGUGCACAACCAGGCCGAUAUUUUUGCGGCCGCCACAGUGAUGGCUCAUCCAUCUUGGAUGAUUAAACCGCCCUCACAAUAAAUUGAAUCAUUCUCACUAAUUUAUUAAACAAAAAUUAUCCAAAAUCAUUCUGUUGCUCUACGUCUGCGAGCAUCAUAAAUUGUAGUAUAUUAUAAACAUUCCAAUUUCAUUUCAUUUGCUACUAUGUAUUUAUUUAUUAGAACAAUACAUUUUAUCGCUAUAUAAUUACUUUAUAAUUAAUGUAUAAUAAUUUGUUGCAUUGUAUUUUUGCAAAUGUCUGUGGAAAAAAACGUGAUUUAUACAAAAAUAAAUGAGUUAAUGACGUUCUCACUCA